AUGGGCUCAGUGGACGACUUGAACUCGGACUCAGACGUUGAACCUCACCAUGCCAGCGAAGCAGGAUUUAGAAACGACUUGGAGGAAAAUUUCUACGACUUCGGUAAUUUUGGGGGUGAAGAAGAGGAUAUUGCGAGAGUACACGGGGGAAGCGGGGAAGUAACUGACUACUUUCCAGACCCUCCUCUGGCCUAUCAGGACAGCUACACAUUUUUGGGCCUGUUCGACUCGGACCAGAAUAGCGUGCAUCGGAAAACGAACCUAUACUAUCUGUUUAGCUGUCGGAGAGAUUGGAAAGUUGCUGCAUGGCUGUUACGCUCAGGCCUGAGCAUGGCAAAGAUUGAUUCUUUUCUAUCGCUUGAAAUGAUUAAGGACUUACCAUUGUCAUUUCGCUCUGCGAAAGAAUUACGGGGUCGGGCCGAGACGCUACCCAGCGGUCCACACUGGAAGUCUCAAGUCAUUCCUACAUUACAUCCUACAAAGUCACCCGUAAUUCUGUACUGGCGCGACCCUAUCGAAUGCAUUGCCAGCAUAUUCAAUCAUCCAUUAUUUCACGGUCAUAUUGACCUCACGCCUCGCAAGGUGUACACCACUGCCGAGAAGCUGUGUCGCGUAUAUACUGAGUGGAUGACAGGAAACGAUGCUUGGGACAUGCAGUCAGCAAUACCCAAGGGCGCGACUCUCCUCGGCACCAUUCUCUCCUCUGACAAGACGAACAUAACUGCGUUAACGGGGGAUCGUGUGGCCCAUCCGCUCCUCAUUAGCCUCGCCAAUAUUCAUACGAACACACGUCUAAAAUCAUCGACUAAUUCUUUCGUCCUCACCGCCCUACUACCAGUUCCGAAGUUUGUUCACAAGAACAAGCGAAUGAAGGGUGUAUUGGAGGACCGUCUUAUACAUCAAUGCCUUGACGUUGUUCUCGAACCAUUGAAGCAGGCUACUCAACAUGGCAUCAUGUUAUCAGAUCCUAUGGGAAACAAUCAUUACUGCUUCACCCCUCUCGUCAGCUAUAUUGCGGACACCCCAGAAGCCAUGAUGUUCGCAGGCGUCGGCGGAAAAACAUCGCCAGUGACCAUGGCAAUGUACAAGCAGUUCGGGGAUGCCUUCCGUCAUGAACCCCGCACGAAAUCGACCACUCUCGCGCAGCUUGCUGUUGUGCAUGCGCGCGCUGAUCCCGACGAUAUCGUGACAUUUUUCCGUGAAGCACAGAAAUUCCGACUGAACGGCGUCGACCUACCAUUGUGGCGGGACUGGGCACUAUCGGAGCCCUCUCAUUUUUUUACACCGGAAUUACUCCACCAUAUCCAUAAGCAGUUCUGGGAUCACGACGCCAAAUGGCUCAUUUCCGCUGUUGGAGACUCUGAGAUAGAUUUCCAUUUCUCAGUCUUACAACCCAUCACCGGUUAUCGGCAAUUUCACAGUGGCAUCUCCAAGUUAAAGCAAGUCACCGGUCGCUGUCAACGAGACGUCCAAAGGUACAUUAUUGCCGUCAGCGCGGAUGCAGCACCUGCUGGUGUUAUCGCCGCUGUACGCGCAUUGAUGCAGUUCCGAUAUCUUGUACAGUUGCCGCGUGUUGAUGAAGAAGAUCUCGGGCGAAUUUUACGUUCAUUGGAUGAGUUUCACGCAAAAAAGGAUGCGAUCAUUACUGCUGGGGCUCGCCGGGGGAAGGGCAAUAAACCCAUUACCAACUGGUACAUCCCCAAGCUUGAGCUAAUGCAAAGCAUUGCUCCCAGCAUUCGCAACUCUGGCGCCGUAGGACAGUGGUCUGCCGACAUCACUGAACACGCUCACAUCACCGAGAUAAAAGACCCCGCAAGAAUGAGCAACAACAUUAACUACGACACACAGAUUUGUCGACACCUUGACCGUGCCGAAAAAUGCCGUCGUUUUGAGCUCGCCACUAGCCUUUUAGAUCACGAGCGGGGUACUCAGGAGCUGGAGGACUUGGAUUCGGACGAUGAAGAUGGUGAUGCCGAUGUUGACGCGCAACAUAUUCCCAUCAACGUGACACAAGACCCACGUCAAAUCACGAACUACUUUGCGAUUGCUAAUGCACUCCAGCGCCGAGAGGUGGGUUCAGUGCCCGUAUCUCUUCGCUUGUUCAUUGUCAAGUGCUCUGCCUUUCAUCUUGCAUACAAGCCCUCCAUUCAAAACAUCACUGUUGACGAAGUCGCCGUCAAAUUUGGUCUACCAGAUCUACGACCCGCUAUCGCUGAUUUCCUCCAGCGUGAGGCAACUUAUGGACAUAAGCAUGUUCAUGCAAUUGGUGGUCCUAGAAGAGCUGGGCCUACCGCUGUCCUUCCAUUUGACAAACUUCAAGUCUGGUUCAAAAUCCGCUUGCAAGAAACAGACUCGCACAACAAUCGCACCGUUAGACCGAGUCAGAUGCUCAAUUGUGCUCCACCCAGUGACCUCUGGACUUUAGGUCGCUAUGAUGCGGUUAUCAUUGAGACCAAUGCAAGCCAUUCAUGGCCUAGCAGUCACGCGGUCGCGCAGAUUAGACUUAUCAUGCGACCCAUUGGCAAGAGUGGUAUACCAUGGUCAUGGAAGGACCGUUUCCUCACCUAUGUUCAACGUUUCGACAUCUCGAAGGAUCGUGAUCCAACUACGCAGCUUCACUUGCUCAAGCGAGCAAAGUGCUCAAAUGGAAGCCGGAUGGGCGAUGUCAUCCCAGUAUCUCAAUUGAGGGCACCUGUCCAUCUCAUCCCUCGCUUUGGCGUUACUGCAGAUACGCGUCUCACCGCCUACAACAGCAUGGAGCAUGCCGCUGUCUUCUUACUUGAGGGUCUUAUAUAA